CUACAAAUUCCUUUUGACAGGCUAAGCUGGUCGCAGCAGCUACUCAUAGUUUGUGUGAAUCAGCUAAUGCCAUGGUUCAAGGUCACGCCACAGAGGAGAGACUGAUCGCCUCAGCUAAGGAGGUCGCAGGGUCAACGGCCCACCUGUUAGUGGCCUGUAGGGUCAAGGCCGACCCCAACUCUGUCGCCAUGAAGAGACUUCAGGCAGCUGGCAAUGCUGUAAAACGAGCCACAGAGGUUCUGGUGAAGGCUGCUCAACAAGCCAAACAGAGGGAUGAAGACGAAGAUAUUGACGUCGCUGUGGAUUCACGUAAAGUCGGAGGAAUUAAACAGGAACUCCAAUUUCAAGAAGAAAUGUUACGUAAGGAGAGGGAGUGGAUAGAAGCCAGGGAGAAGCUGGCCAAAUUUAGAAAACAGCGAUACAAAGACGCGCCCCAUGACAGUGACUCCUCAUCAGCGUUCUAAAACAGCUUUAACCAUAAACUGUAUAGUGCCUGUCUAUGUAUUGUGAUUUCAAUAUGGCUUCCACGCUGACCUUAUAAAGGUCACAGAGAAAAGAGUUUCAAUGACUCAGAUGAGGGGUGUGGCUAGGGUUAAGAAAGCAUUUGAAUAGUGUUGGAUUUGCAGUGAGUUUAGUUCUUACAUGAUUAGAAUGAUACUAGACAGAAUGUAUUGAGGUGUUUGUAUAAAGAUUUUGUACAAUCAAGAGAUGUGUUAAAAAUGAAUGGAAUUUUACAGACAGAUUUAUAAAACCAGAGAAACAUACAUGGAUUUUUUUACACAAGGAUUUUAUUGAGUACAUGUAUUAGAAGAAUUUUUAAAGGAUUCAAAGAUUUGAUCAUCAAGCAAUAAGAAAUUGUUAGCCAUUUAUAUUUUUCUAAUUUAGAUCUGCUGAAUGUUUAUUUGAAGAAAAAUUAACUGAGUGCAGUUUUAUGUAUUAUUUUAUUCUACAUAGAGUAUGUGAUAACUGAUUUGUAUAAUUAUGCAACAAUAUGAUAACUUCUUUAUCAUUGAUUCUGAUAACAACCAAUUUGUAUGAUGUGUAUUUUAUCUACUUGUGUUUGUAAUACAAGUGAUUACUAAUAUUUCUGAAAGCUGAGCAUAUUUUAUAGAGAAAAAUGUUUGCAAUAUGAAAUAUAUUUUGCACAUAAAAAUUAAUAUAUAUACUUUAGUUUACUAAUACCUAUUUUGUAUUUGAAUGUGAGUGCAGAACAGUUUGGUCUGUGUGUGUUUGUGUUGCUAAGAAAAAAUCUAAGCAUGGAUAUGUUUUAAUAUAAGUUUUAAAUGGAUGUUAAUGAUAGAAAAAAAGUUCUAUAACUUUAUAUUUUUGUUGUAUGGCUUCAGUAUAAUCCGAAUGAUUAACAAGCUAGUCUUAUCAUAACCAGUGCUAAGCCUGUAGACGUGUUAUAUGUUAUAACGUUACAUUAUUUGUAUGUAUUUAUUUCUAUCAAAGCUGAUGCUUUCUAUUCACUGUUUUAUACUAUAUAUAUUGUGCUAUAUAUUUACCAUGCAUUAUCAAACCAUAAUGUGUCUAGAUUUCAACUACAGCAUGCAUACUGAACUAUUCAAUAUGAUAAUUAUCUCACCAUUAAUUAAUGGAUAAUAAUAUAAA